CUCGCUCUCCUCCCGCCUGGCUAUAGAGGGCUGCGCAGCAGUUCCCAGCCAGUGUGCUCAGCCUGCCUGCUCGGUGUGCGCGCGAGCGUGUGCGUGCGUCUACUUUGUACUGUGGAGAACGCAGCCCAUGUGCUCUGCAUGGACGUUACUGAUACUCUGUUGAGCUUGAUUUUCCACAAGCAGGCGAGAUGUCCAGCACACCACAUGACCCCUUCUAUUCUUCUCCUUUCGGCCCAUUUUAUAGGAGACACACACCCUACAUGGUGCAGCCCGACUACCGAAUCUAUGAGAUGAACAAGAGGCUGCAGUCGCGCACCGAGGACAGUGACAAUCUCUGGUGGGACGCUUUCGCCACUGAGUUUUUUGAGGACGACGCCACAUUAACCCUUUCGUUUUGUUUGGAAGAUGGACCAAAGCGAUACACUAUUGGCAGGACCCUCAUCCCCCGUUACUUUAGCACUGUGUUCGAAGGAGGGGUGACCGACCUGUAUUACAUCCUGAAGCACUCGAAAGAGUCAUACCACAACUCAUCCAUCACAGUGGACUGCGACCAGUGUGUGAUGGUCACCCAGCAUGGAAAGCCCAUGUUCACCAAGGUAUGUACAGAGGGCAGACUGAUCUUGGAGUUCACCUUUGAUGAUCUCAUGAGAAUAAAAACAUGGCACUUUACCAUUAGACAAUACAGAGAACUGGUCCCAAGAAGCAUUCUAGCCAUGCACGCACAAGAUCCUCAGGUCCUGGACCAGCUGUCGAAAAACAUCACCAGGAUGGGGCUGACAAAUUUCACCCUCAACUACCUCAGGUUGUGUGUAAUACUGGAGCCGAUGCAGGAGCUGAUGUCGAGACAUAAAACUUACAACCUCAGCCCACGAGACUGUCUGAAGACCUGCUUGUUCCAGAAAUGGCAGCGGAUGGUGGCUCCACCAGCAGAACCCACCAGACAACCAACAACUAAACGGAGAAAAAGGAAAAACUCCACCAGCAGCACCUGCAACAGCAGUGCUGGGAACACGACCAACAGCUCCGGCAGCAAGAAGAAGACCCCGGCCACAAACCUGAGUCUGUCCAGUCAGGUACCUAUUGCUAGCAUUGCUCGUUCUCCGGUGUCAGGCUGCACACUAAGGACAUAAGCUCGCGUGGUUGUUCCACGGCAGGAGGCGAUGUUUAUUCCCUGUAGAAAUCAAAUAUGCGUCUCGGCCCGACCCUGAGACUUGACCCCGUGUACAGGACAGGAGCGCGCCUGUCCCAGACCCCCCCAGCUCCUCCCACGAUUGUUUUACGCUGAGCUUCUCUCUCCCAAGGUUUCCCUGUAAUAAUGUCAGCUGCUGUUCACAGGAUGUGAUGGUGGUAGGAGAGCCAACUCUGAUGGGAGGUGAGUUUGGGGACGAGGACGAAAGGCUAAUCACUAGAUUAGAAAACACGCAAUACGAUGCAGCCAACGGCAUGGACGACGACGAAGACUUCAACAAUUCACCCGCCCUGGGGAACAGCAGCCCGUGGAACAGUAAGCCUCCCGCCACCCAAGAGACCAAAUCAGAGAACCCCCCGCCCCAGGCCUCCCAGUAAGAAUCCACAGUGCCUCCGCUGUCCGGAGGUCGGGGUCGCUCACUGCUCCAGCGCUUUUGACAGGCGAGGAAGAAGGGGACAUCCAGACGUCUCCAGCAAAUCUCUGUUUCGAAACCACAUGACCUGAGUUCUUUCUUUCAUUUUGGUGUUUGCUUUUUCAUGGAGAGGCUCUUUCCAAAUGGACUCCAUGCCCUUCCUUGGAGGCCUUUGCUGAUGACUGGCUCUGGUGGUCAUGACACCCCGUGGCGCUCAUGCUUCUCCCAGCCGGGGUGAAAGACGUGUUUGCGUUGAAUCUCUUUUGCCUGCACCCAAGGAAGGCCAUAGAGUCCGCAAGUCCUCGGUGCUCGGGAUCGCAGUCCUUGGCCGGACCGAACUGCAGAUGACUUUUUAAUAUUGUAUAAUAUUUUCUGCUUUUUGACUUGCAUCUGAGAGUUUCUUGUUUCAGUAAAAAAAGAAAAGAAAAAAAAUCCGCUUUUGGAAAGUCAUUUAAAUGUACUUAUCUAUAUAUUUUUUCUUCAUCUUUUUUCUUUUUGCAUUGGGUAACAGCUCAGCGGCCUGGUCAGGCAACCUUCUGGCAGCCCAGGAGUUGGCUCUAAAGCCCCAGUGGGUUGGGCGAGGCCCAGAGAGCGCUGAAACAAGAAAUGUGCUUGUGUCAUCAAAGACACCAAUGCAGACUUUUGUGUAAAGAAAGAGACUUGGCCCCUUGAGAAUUGAUGCGUUUGUAAAAAUUGCUGUUGAUCCAAAUAUUUUCAAGCCAUGUUAUCCAUUAAUUUUGUGGGCAGUUUCAUAAAUCUGAAACUUUUUGUGUUUUUUUAUUGUAUCUGAGUUGGCUAUUAUUUCUUUUCAUAGUAUAUUCCUUGUAUAAUAUUUUGUAAAGCCGUCACCUGGUUCUCUUAUGGGGACUUUUCUUUGGGACAAUUCCAGCGUAUUUAUGUGAAACUUUAUAAAAAAGAAAACCAACUAAUUUUCCAUUUGCAUAUUAAUAUGUUUCUCCACACAUGUAAAGACACAGUGGCUCCGUGUGUUAUAAAACAGCUGUAUUUUAUGUAUGCUUUCCUGAUAAGUGUGCCAAUAAUAAACUGUGUUAAUGACCAAAG